AUGCUGAAAAGUACGACAAAGAUUGACAGAACAAAGCGAGAACAAAACAGGAUAUUACUGGAAAAAAAACUAUCGAAGGACUCCGUCACUUCCACGAAGUUCUGUGAUUCGUCCGAGGAGAGAGAAGGAGGAUCAAGCAGCAGUAGUAAUGCCAGCUUGCAUCUCUCGGAAAAGCCAAACAUUACAAGAACGUUAGAUGCGAAUAAUACAAGUUCCUUUUUAUCAGAUCAGAAGACCAAGUCCAAGGGGGGUUCUAUCAAGUCAAGUAGAAAGCAUUCGCAACAUACGUUGAGCAAGGUGAACAUACUGGACAAAGGAAACGACUACAAAAUAAACGGUAGCACGCCAGUAGGGAAGUCUAGAAGGGGUGGGAUACCGUUAGAUGAGAGCAAAAUUUCCAGCAAGACCAACAGUAUCAUAGUUGACGAUUCUAUUGACAACCAGAACUAUAAUACUGAGAGAAAAACAGAAAGGAGCAGCACGGAAUUUUUAAACAUCGAAGGAAGUAUUCCACAUAUUUUAAGUGGGGUUGAUAAAGUAGCAGGUGGUGAUUUUUCCAGGUUUCCCCGCACGAUUUCAUUUAAAGACAAUUUGGUAAGCGGAGAAGGUAAUCUGUAUAACACGAUUAAGGAAGAUUUCUCGUAUCUUUAUGGACCCAGCAAAGUUGAUCCCAGUAGGCGUCAUCUGGGUUAUUAUAACUCACCGGAAGUUUUAAAUACUUACCCAAGCGGUAGUUUGACCUCCUCUGCGAGGGAGGGGUAUAGCUUCAGUCCAUAUGGUUUUCACCAUAUGGGCUCAGCGCCGAACGGAGACUUGAAGCAUUUUUCGGCGAAUAUAUUAAACGCGCAAGGGGCAGACGCGUACGCGAGUAGCAAUCUAGGAACAUUCCGAGGUGACACUGGGGGGACUAACCAGGGUAACACUUGGGGGACUAACCAGGGUAACACUUGGGGGACUCACCCGGAUAAUACUUGGGGGACUAACCAGGGUAACACUUGGGGAACGCAUCAAGGGGACAGUUGGGGGACACGCCAGGGUAACACUUGGGGAACGUGCCGUGGUGACUACCUCGGGGGUUACCCCAGCACUAACGGAGGAUUGAAUCCGAAUAUCCUAAACUUGUAUGAACAGAAAAACGUAACCUUCAGCGAAGGUGUGGUGAAUUCUACGUACGCCGGGCCCUUUGUACAUUUGAAGGGCGCUGAAAAUUCCUUGGUGAAGGGCGGGGAGGUAUACACAAGAACGGGAAAUGAAAGGUUCACGAGCGCUUCGAAAGUAGCAAAUGAAAUGGACUUUACAAAUAUGUACACUAGUCAUACACCUAUAGGCAGUAACGACAGCAGCAGAGUAGGGGCUUUGGGGAAUGCCAAUUUAUCUGACAAGACUUCCUAUUAUGUGAAUGAUGCUAGUGAAAGUGCAUCCCUUGUGGGUGGUGUGCAAUUGGGGCCUCUGCUGAGUAGAAGGAACGUGUACGACACGUUUGGGGGUGAUUCCGGCAGUGGGAAUAGCGCACCGGCGUCUCCAUUGGUAGCUGAACCGGUAUCGACAUUGGUAGCUGAACCGGUAUCAGUAUCUGUACCGGGGGGGGGAAACAGCAUGGCGAGUGGUUUGACAAACGGAGAGGAGGUGUUGAAGUUCAAAACGGCAGAGUUUCCAAACUACGCAGACUACAAUUUUAAGAGCACCACCGCCCAGGAGGGUGUCGGGAAUACCCUGGACCAUGUGGUGAAACCUAGCGAGCUGAUCGAAAGGGAGAAGAUGAAAAAUGAGGUACCCAUGUGUGAGGAAGUUACAUCACACACAGACUAUUCACGAGCAACACACAGCUCUCACGUUGUGGACAAGCGAAUUGUGCAUGAAGGAUUUGACACCAUAAAAGUGCCAAAGUAUAGAGAAGUAGAGAUAGUAGAAAAAAUUGUAGAAGUUCCCGUGGUGCACAAAGUGAACAAGUACAUAAAUAAAUAUGAAGUUAAAGAAGUGGAGAAAGUGGUUAAGAAGCCUAUCAAUAAAUAUGUAGAAACUAAAAUAGAGGUUCCUGAGUUCCAUUUUAAGGAUAAAAUAGUGGAGGUACCUGAAUUGCAAGAAGUGGUAAAAAUUGUGGAGAAGCCGGAAAUAAAGGAACGUAUAAUUUAUAAGAAUAAGAUUGAAACGAAAAUUAUUCCAAAGUAUAUUGAAGUGCCUGUGGUAAAAAUUGUAAACAAAUAUGAAAGUUAUGAUGAUAUAGGGGAGGUAAUAAAAACUGUUCCGGUGAAGAAAAUUGUAGAAAUUCCUAAUGAGGUGAUUAGGAAGGUCAAAGUACCGGUUCGUAAAAUUAUUGAAGAACCCAAUUACGUUCCCAUUAUAAAGUACCGCGAUGUACCUAUUGAGAAGAUACGGUAUGUGCCAAAGAUUCAGACGGUUGAGCUAGUUAAGACGAUUCCUAAGGUGAUUGACAUUCCUGUGCCUGUGAGAGUUCCGAAGAUAAAAGUGAUAGACAAGCCAUUUUAUAUAAACAGAUAUGUGGACCACCCGGUUGUUGUGCCUGUGUCCAGGAAGGUGAAGCCUGUGUAUAAAUAUGGGGGGAAGAAGGUGAUAGAAAUUCCCAUCCAUAAGCCUUACAUUGUUACGCACGACACGGUUGUGCGUAAGGAUGUGCAUAAUGGAAUGAGCAAUGGUAGGUGUUCGGUGUAUGCCAGGAAGAUGGACCUGAAUGCAUUCGACCCCGUGAAACGGAAUGAGCUUUUCCGUUUGGUGAACGGGGGCAACUUCAACUUGGAGCGGUCCGUGAGCGUAGACAACUUUGUGGGGCGCGUCGGUGGCAGUAUUGGUGGUAGCUUUGGCGGUAGCAUUGGUGGUAGCAUUGGUGGUAGCAUUGGCGGUAGCACUGACGCUUCUGGUCGCCCGGGCGGGUUGCACUUUACGAAAAGCCUGAACAAUGGUGCGAAUGCUAAGGUGAAUGCAUCAAACAUGAACACAUCGUACGGUGUUGAUUUCUAUUCAAACGGUGUGGGUGUUGCGAACGGGUUGAACGCUCCGUUUGUCAGCGCGGGGGUUUUAGCCAGUGCGUCUAACGAGCAGGGGGUGAAUCCAAAUUUCACAAUGCCCAUUUCGAUGUACAACGGGAAUUGCGACACGGGGAGAAAGGAUGGAAGGGGUAGUUUAGCAUUUUUGCAAAAUGGUUCCAACGGUGUGGAGCAAGGCAGUAAUGAUCUACCAGAGGGUUUUCCACGCAGUUCUAAUUUCCAGCAUCGCUUUUCCAGUAGCAACCCGGUGAACGAAAGGAGGGAGGGGGUUGCGAGCGGGAACACAGGUGUUGGAGGAGCUAACGUGGGCAGGAAUUUUGGGGGUGGUGAAUCAUCCCUGAGGAAGUACCAAUCCAGCGUUCGCGGGAAUGUGCCUCAGUAUAUGGGUGGGGGUAAUGACAGAAGUAUGCGUCACAUGGGUAGCAUGGGGAGUGACUGCGGGGUAAGGAGCGGUAACGGUAGCGGUAUGAACCGCUCGUUGAACCAUUCCAAUUCUUUGAACCAAGCCAAUCAGAUGAGCCAGGACAACAAGAUGUGCCACUCAAACACGAUGAGCAACAUGAAUACCAUGAGUAGCAUGAACAAUGGCACAUGUGCACUGCGAUCGCGGAGUCCCAGUGCGUGUUCAGCCGACGGGAUCAGCGCGUACGUGGUUGAGUAUGUGGGUGAUGAGGACAGGCGAUUCAGAGAAGGUGGCUUCUCCAAUGGGUUCAGUAACCAGGUGGCAGACGAGAUGGGAAGUAAUUAUUCGUUCAGCGGGACAGUCAUUAAUUCGAAGAAUGAGUGA